AUGGUUUUCCAGCAGAUAAAAAUCCUCUUCUUGAGUAUAUUCGGUCUAUUUAGAAGGGCAUUAUGUUGCUUUUCACGGAAAAGGAAACCCAGCUAUUCUGAGCCAAUGAAUAAUGUUGUUGUCGUACAGGCCAAUUACGCUGUUCCCCAAACUUCUUCAAACAUUUCGACGGCUCCUGAGCGAGAUUGGAACUCAUGGGAUGAUAGUCCUCGGUCAGUACAAGAACACAUUGAGCAAUACAGACAACAAAUUGCUAAACCACCUACCCCACAAACUGAAGUGGCUGAGCCCGACUUCUUUAAGGAACUAACUCCUGUAAUUAAGCCACAGCCAAAAUAUUAUUUGGCAGAUGACACUCAAGAGCAACAAGACUUCUCCCGACUGCAGGCUGCAAAAACAGAUGUACCCAUAGCUAUGAAUGCCGAUUUGGAGGAUUGGGAGGAUGAAGACACCGGUGACUGGGAGGAAAUGGAUAACGAACAAACCAAACAGUUGAUUCGGGAAAAACGUCGCGAGAUGAGAAAUAUGCGUCAAAAGUCCCAUAAAUACAAACAAAUGGCAAACAACAUUCCUGCUAAUGGCCACAAUGCGUCCACAGUGAUUUCAUAG